AUGCAGAUCUGGCGGCGAAGCUUAGCCACGUCUGUGACCAGACUUGGUCAAAGAUCAAUCAGCUCCAAGCCAUCAGUCUCAAGAUGUGCACAGAUCCUCCAAUCAGCCAAGACCGGUCCCUGCAAGUUUGAGGACCAAGAGGUCAAGGUCAAUGGAUUUAUUCGGUCUGUACGAAAGCAGAAGCGCUUUGCGUUCGCAGAGAUCUCUGAUGGCUCUACCGUGGAACCAAUGCAAGCAAUCUUGAAACCCGACCAAGCAGCAGACCUGUCUACUGGAACCGCUGUCGAAAUUUCAGGGAUAUGGAAAGCUUGUCCGCCAGGCAAAGAGCAGACACAUGAGCUACAAACCACAGAGGUGGCGGUCGUUGGCGCAGCGGACCCAGAGACGUUUCCCAUUCAGAAGAAGUACCACAGUCCCGAAUUCUUACGCCAAAUCCCCCAUCUUCGUAUCCGAACACCUUUCAACUCGCUUCUCUCCCGUUUCCGUUCCGAGUGCAUGUUCCAGCUUGGCAAUGUCUUCCACUCACACCCAGACGGCGCUUUCACUCAAGUGUCACCUCCGCUUAUCACCUCGUCAGACUGUGAAGGAGCUGGCGAGACAUUUACAUUGGCCCCGCGCGGCGCCGCGAAACCUAGCACUGCAAAUGAGCAUUUCUUCCGGGCACCGAAGUACCUCACUGUGUCAUCGCAAUUGCACCUUGAAGCUUAUGCCGCGGAGCUGGGCAAUGUCUGGACAUUGACACCCGUGUUCCGCGCAGAGAAGAGUGACACACCUCGCCAUCUGAGCGAGUUCUACAUGCUCGAGGCCGAGGUCAACUUUAUGUCGGACCUUGACUCGCUUACCGGGCUGGUGGAACACACGCUUCGCGACUUGACCCGUCGCCUCUAUAAUACGACCGUAGGCCAGGAGAUCCUGUCCGCAAAGAGAUCAGGCGAGUCGGGCCAGGACGCUAGCGCCGAGGCAGGAUCUCUGCGACAGAGAUGGACGGAUCUCAUGGACGGUCCGGCGUGGCACCGCAUUACAUACACCCGGGCAGUUGAGAUGCUUCAGCGCGCAGUGUCCGAAGAAGGCGCAUCCUUUGAGCACCCCCCGACAUGGAAGGGCGGCCUACAGCUUGAACAUGAAAAGUACAUUGUCGAAGUGCUACACCAGGGCCGUCCUGUCUUCGUCACGGACUACCCCAAAUCAGUCAAGCCAUUCUACAUGACGCCCUCCCAUGUGACUGAUUCUAAUACGCCCGGGGAGACCGUGGCGUGCUUUGAUCUGCUGCUGCCCGAGGUCAGCGAAGUUGCUGGGGGAUCCUUACGCGAGCAUCGUUUGCCAGAGCUCAUCCAAAACAUGCGUGAGCACGGCCUGAUCAAGCCCCGACAGCUGCAGACCGGCGAGACACCUUCAGAAGAAUCCUUGUAUCCCCAUCUCUCCCCGGAUGAGGAUCUCAGUCACCUUCAAUGGUACGCCGAUCUCCGACGAUGGGGAUCUGCUCCCCACGGAGGGUUUGGACUCGGGUUUGAUCGAUUCCUGGGAUAUCUGAGCGGUGUCUCUAACGUGCGAGAUAUCGUAUCUUUCCCAAGAUACUUUGGUCGGGCCGAUUGCUAA